AAAUAGCUGAAGACAAAGAGGACGCGCUGAAGAGGGGCCAGUUCUUCCUCAACAGCCGAUUGGGCGGGCUUAUGUAGGGGGGGAGGGGUCAUCUGGAGGAGGGUUAAAGGGCAUCUGGAGGAGUGUCACCCAGCUGCAGGAUGGCGGGGGUGAACGGAGACCGCAAAGGGAAGAAAGAUGACAAUGGGAUCGGCACUGCCAUCGACUUCAUGCUCUCAAAUGCUAAGCUCGUGCUGGGAGUGGGGGGAGCGGCCAUGCUGGGGAUUGCAACGCUUGCUGUCAAAAGAAUGUACGACCGUGCCAUAAGUACUCCCAACAGCCCGACCAACAUGGAACAGACAGGAAGGAGGAGCUGGGAGGAGCCUGCGUGGAUGGGUUCAUCCCCCCGGGUGCUGAACCAUGAUAUGAAGUCUACAGUGAGCCGGUCUCUGCAGAAUCUGCCCACUUCCUCUCAUGCUUUUGAACCAGACUGUCUGCGGAGGGCCGUGGGUCGAUCAGCUGUGGGAGGCAGCGGCGCCACUCAGUCGGACCUUCAGAAGGCCCGGAUGCGUCUGUCGCUCCAGGAACAUCUGCUGCACUUCUACCAGAAUAACGUGAACAUCCCCACCGAGGAGCAAGCUGUGGCGAGGAGGGCAGCGCUGGACAUCUGUGCCGAACUCCGGGUGUUCCUUCACGCCAAACUGCCCGACAUGCCGCUCAGAGAGAUGUACCUGAGUGGCAGUCUGUACGACGAACUGCAGGUGGUGACAGCGGACCACGCCCAGCUCAUGGUGCCUCUCAUCUUGGAGAAGAACCUGUGGUCGUCCAUACCCGGCGAGGACACCAUCAUGAAUGUCCCGGGUUUCUGGCUCAUCCGCAGAGAGAAUUUAGAGUAUUUCCCUCGAAACAGCAGCUACUGGGACCGCUGCAUGGUGGGAGGCUACCUCUCCCCCAAAUCAGUCCUGGAGGUCUUCGACAAACUCGUGGCGGGCUCCAUCAACUGGCCCGCCAUCGGCAGCGUUCUCGACUACAUCAUUCGUCCCGUGGUUCCCUCAGAGACGCUGACCCUGGAGGUGCAGUACGACACAAACCGGAAACUGUACGUGGACUUCCUUCCGUUACUCGUGAUGGAGGACGGAACCUCGCUGAUCGCCAAACCGCAUCGUCUCGUCGCGGAGCGUCACGAAAACCUGUGGAGGCAGAGCUUUCGAGUGGCGGAGACGGCACGACUAAGAGCCCUCGACCAGGAGGACGGGGGCUGCCGCUGCGCCUGCCUGAAGCUGGCGAAGGCCAUGUGCAAACUCAACCCCGCCCUGAACCGGCUCAACGCCAGCCAGCUCACCAACUGCAUCCUGCUGCUGUGCGAGAAGGAAGGCGACUGGACGCAGGAGGCGCUGGCAGACCGCUUCCUCCAGCUGCUGCGGGCGCUAGUGGGACACCUAGAGGCUGGGAAGCUGCCGUGUGCCCUCAGCCCGAAAGUGAACUUAUUCUGCGAGCUGACUGAACAGGAAGUGGACGAGCUGGGGUACACGCUCUACUGCGCCCUGUCCGAUCCGGAGGGGCUGCUGAGAACUGACAUGGAAGAGAUGCCACAGCCCUGACAACCCUGGGGAAAAACGUCACUACCAACAGAAACGUGUAUCUUCCAGUAACACUGAUUUGUGGCGAUGGUGACCUCGACAUAACGGGUUUCGGGGAGCAGAACAAAACAGCAUGGAGUCAUCCCAAACACUCGAUCUGUUCAGUCUUAAAAUCAGUGAGAAAAUGUGAUGCACACUGUAGCAGCUACUCAAUGUUGGGAUCUCUGUUGACCUGAAAGAUGUUUGUGUCGUGCUCAUGCAAAAACUAUUUGAGUAAGUUAAGGCCCAUUGAUGGAUCUCACCAAAGCCACUGUAUUAAUGAGGUUGAGAGGAGUCACUGAUAUACAUCACAGGGGAGGUAGUGAACUCUGGAUAGGCUGGUGCAGGAAUGAGUCCUAAAACCUGGAAAUUAGUCAGCAUUUUAACACUUCAAGCUUUUCUCGUCUCGACUUCAAUGGUUUUUUGAAUGUGUUUUUGUUUGUAAGCCUGAAAUAAGGUCUGUGUUUAACAGAAGCUUAAGAGAUGCUCACAUGCUAGAGAAUAGCUUAAGCUUCAAUCUCGCAAAAACGGCGGUACCUAACAAGUGGCUAAAAUAGAUCACGCCAAACAUGAGCCGCCUGUAGCUUAGCGGUUGUAGCUUCAAUGUGUUUACCACAGAGCUUGUUUUCCGCAAUAUUCAAAAAUGAAAUGGAAAAACAACUCCUUGCAACGCUAACUUCCAUGAUAGCCUACAAAAGCACAUCAUCCCUGCACCACUCUAUUGGUUUGUCCAUAUGAGAAUACGGUAAUAAGGUGAAUAUAAAACAUGCGUCACCUUUGUGCUCCUAUUUGGAUCUUUUAGGUGCUCCAAUUCAUUUAUUUCAGGACGGUUUUGGAAGGAUGGUGUGAUGAGUGUGUGUAAGCCAAUCCUAAAACUAAUAAAAUGUCAAUGAGCUAAAGAGACAAGCCUUCUCUUUUCAUCCACCUUUUGUUCCCACAGUGCUCUACUGGGUUUGUCAGAACCUCAUAAAUACAGUGGCUGCAUUGAAGAGUUAUGAAUGCUUUUCCGGGAUCUGCAAACAUUGGGCUGUGAUGGGAAUGUGUGCAUGUGUUCUCUAGAAAUCAAACGGGGGAAUUAGAAAAUGUAUGAUGCCUUUGUAACUCAACAUUCAAUAUGAAUCAGAUGUAAAGCUGAAUAUACCGCCAUAAAUAGAACAUGUAUGUUUAUAUUUAUGGGAAAUGUGAAGCUUCUGGUUUGUCGGUUAUCAUGAGAUUUGAACAAUUCAGCUCCACCAUUUUCUCUAUUACUGUGUCCAUAUGUCUAAAACAGAGCCGCUCUGUCAUGUCAGGAGGUUUGGUUCUUCAGUCAUACGUCUGAUAUGCUUUAUUACCUCACUUAAAACAAAAGAACACUUUAAUAUCUGGUUAUUUUUUGCACUGUCCGAAAGUUCAUAGGUGAAUCCAAAGUGUCUCAGCUGGAAACUGAAGGUGCUUUUGUCUCCUGGUUUUUGCUUUAAUUUAAAUCCAAAUUUCCUCUGAAUCAUCAUCUUCAAAAUUGACUGUUUCUGGAGAGUACGUCUUUCUGCUUCAUCCUUUUUUUUGAGAACUCUCCACUCUAGACACACUGCUGUUAAACUGGUACUAACGUUUGUCUUUUGAAUUAGUCUCAGUAUUAAUUUCAUGUCAUGUUUGCAUAACGAACAAGGAGGCUGUUACUUCUGUAUAGGUAUUUUGUCUUUGUGCAUACCUGUGCACGUUUCAAGUCUGUAUUACCCCCCAGUAUAACUUAUAGGUCAGUGGUGUAGGAUCUUUCUGUUCUGCUUAGGAAGACCUGUAGUGAUUCUCCGGUCAAAUCUGUUUAUAUCUAUAGAUUUCAGGUGCUAGUCUCUCCUGGGUCGUGAUCUGAUUGAGAGGGAUCUACUCGCAGAUCCUCAGUUAUAUAAUGCUAGAUUAGCCUGCUCCACAGUGCAGGUGGAGACAAUACAACAAUAGCUGCCAGACUGUAACGUGUCUCACUCAAACAUGUCCAAAAAUAAUCACAUGGUUGCUUUUUGUUCUCACUUUUAGCCUUAGAAUGAGAAAUAAAUGCAGUGAUGGAGCCCCUUGUGUGUAUAGUGUGCAAUAUGCAGGGUUAUUUAUACUUCUGUUAUGCAUUCAGUUAAUCAUCAUCCAGAGAACAGGUGAAUAUUUUUCUAUUUAUUGUACAUUUGUAACCAAAAAGAGCUCAAUUUUAUUUGCAUUUCACUCACCAUGUAAAAGGUACCACUUAUUGUGCUCCAUGAAGUGCUUUGUGCUGGAUGUACGGAUCUGAAAUGAACUCACGGUGGAUCGCUGUUUGCAUUCAAAGCGUCUUCCUGUGCAGAGGAGGGGAGUCACUGUGCCACUUCUGUAUUGUUAUUGUGAAACAAAAAAAAACCCAAAGUAGAUCACUACCUCUACCUUGUGGAGUUCAUACUAACCAUAUGCUUUGUUGCAUGCUGUAUACCCCCCCCCCCCCCCCCCCUGUCCUCUGCUUCUCCUUCUUUAAGUUCAGCUCUGGAGUUGAACGUGGCAGCACUUUGUAUACUUCCAUUAAAAUAUUACAAACGAUA